GAUAAAGUUGUCGUGAGUUCUCUCGAUCGUGACAAUUUCCCGUUCACCGUAUACGUUCUUUUCGGUCUUUGUCAAGCUGUACUGUGUUGGUCUUCGUGUAGUACGGUCUAUUUAAAGCUGUAGUAUUGUGCUUUUUAUUAUAUUCAUUGAGGUGGCUUUAUGCCAACACGGUGAAAAGCGUAAGAUACUGGAGUUUUAUUUCCACAAAGAAGAUGGCGACUUCCAGAGAAACAUAGCCACAGAAUACACGCUGCCAUUGUCCACCAUGACUUCCCUAGCAGUUACCACUUUGCAGACGUUCUUAACUUUGGUUCCUAAUGCCCUGAUGCCCCGAAGCCUGUUUGGCAUCUCGAGAAAAGAUGACGACGAAGAUUCCAGGUCUAACUCUCUUGAAGAAGUCCUUGAGAAGGUGGUGUUCGACACAAGGAAUGACACUGAUUCUUUGACGACCAGAUGUUACGGCAUCUACGGCUGCUUCAGCAUAGACCAGCCGUAUUUUUCUAUGGCGCGGCCCAUCAACGUGUUCCCUCUUCCCGUGCAGGCUAUCACGCCCAAAUUCUGUCUCUAUACCAGAGAUUAUCCUGACGUGUGCCAGAGAUUGCACGUCAUGGAUCCCAAGAGCAUCGCUGUCUCCCACUUCAAGUUUGGGAAAGGAGUCAAGAUUCUCACCCACGGUUACUUGGAGCACGGCGAAACAAGAUGGCUUAAGAAAAUGGUGCAAGAAUAUCUCCUGUACGAUGACCACAAUGUUAUCGUUCUCGACUGGCUCUCUGGCUCAGGACCGCCUUACACCCAGACUGUUGCCAACAUCAGACUGAUUGGCGCCAUUACAGGCCGGUUCAUACUAGACCUGAGGGAUUUCUUUGGGGUGUCUCCUUCUCACGUGCAUAUGGUUGGCCACAGCUUAGGGGCUCAUUUGGCUGGAUAUACUGGAGAGUACUUGAAGACACAGGAUGCCAAACUUGGAAGAAUCACAGGUCUCGACCCAGCCGAGCCUUACUUCGAAGGAACAGACCCAAUCGUUCGCCUCGACCCUUCUGACGCAGACUUUGUUGACGUCAUUCACACUGACGGUGGACCCAUUAUUACCGGAGGAUUAGGUCUGGCUUCUCCCGUCGGCCAUUUUGAUUUUUAUCCCAACGGAGGAGUGAGAAUGCCUGGCUGUGGUCACCAUUUCAUAGACUCUGUUGCCAUGGAACAAGGGAACAUUCCUUACGGCCUACGUCGCUUCAUAGGAUGCAACCACAUACGGUCAUAUGAAUACUUCACGGAAUCAAUCAACAGCGAUUGCCCCUUCUUGUCAAUCCAGUGUGCAUCCUGGGAGGCCUACUGGAGAGGAUUCUGCUGGCAGUGCGGAGACGACUGGGCAAAGUGUAACCGCAUGGGAGCGCACGCCGACUCCUACCUGAAUUACACUGGACCAGGAUCCGUCAACACAAAGAUGUACCUCAUAACGGGAGCGGAGUCUCCCUUCUGCACAUUCCAUCACCGCAUCAGUGUGGCCAUGUCCUACACGAGGGAGGCUCGACUCCAUGGAGGAGACAUUGGGGUCUUCUUCGUUUCCCUCUUCGGAGAACGGGGCAUCGCGCACCGUCAACAGCUGAACUUGGAAGAGAUCUUCUUCGAACCAGGAAACGUUUACACUUUCAUGAUUGGGACACCAGAUCUGGGAGAAAUUAAAUGGGCGCUCUUGGAGUGGACCUAUGUAACGGCCCUGUAUAAUCCUCUCACUUGGAGGUUUCUCUCUCAACCUUCUGUUUACGUCAACCGGAUUAUCAUUGACUCCAUCGAGAUGCAGCAAAGUCUCUCUUCUUCCUCCUCCUUCUCCCACGAACGACCCCCAAGCAGAUACGAGUUCUGCGGACUGGACCAAGCCUUCAGAUCAGGGACGCGGAGGAAGUUGGAGCCCCAAGAAUCGUGCCCCGAGCAAGCCAGGCCUCCCGGAGCCUCGAUCCUGGGAACGAUCAUCAACUUCGACGUCGAGGACACGAUCAACAACAACAUAGACGCCGUCAACAGUGGCCUGACGAGCCUGGGAAACGGACAGUUGCUGAACAAUCUGGCUUCUUCAGCCAACCAGGUGGCGAGAGAGAUCAUGGACGGCGCUCGUCGGAGGAUGGGGCAGGAGAGGAUGAAAUGGUGGAUGGCCAAUAAGAAGAUGAAGAAUAGAUGGAAGGACAAGAGAUGGCCAGGGAUGAAAGGAUAGGCUCAAGUCAGCUGACUGUAAAUGUCAACAGUUAUGGAAGUUCCCAACCAGCCACAGGUGGCAGCUCUAGUAUAUCAACCAAUCAGAAGCAAGACAGGAACUCGAGUGAUAUCAGCUGUGGAUAUUUCUCGUCAGCUCACAGAAUAACAGACUAUAGAGUGACUUUAGCUUCAUUUGAAGACAAUAAUUAAAGGACACUUUAUUUAAAUCUAUGUUACAUUCAGCACCCAACAGAGAGAAGAAAGGGUGUAAUGAAUUUUUAUAUAAUGUAUUUAUUUAUUUCUUAAAUUUGUAUCUAUAAGGAUUGUUUGCCCAUUUAUUUAUUUGUCUAUACCCUACAUCAUCCCUUCAUUCAUAUAUCUGUUUAUCACAGCUGUUAGUACAUUGCUUAUUUAUUAUUACACACACACACACACACACACAUUGUAUGUGUAUGGAUGUACAUACGCAUACAUGUAAAAUGGCAUUUGAUAAUCCAGGCUAAUUAACUCAAUAACUGCUUUCGGCAUUAGUUAAUUAUAAUCUGAGAUA